GUAAUUGUAUUCUUUUAGAAAAGCUAGUUCUAUAUCAAAAUGUUCAUGAUAAUACUUGUCACAUUUUUACCAAUUAUUGUGGUAUCACAGACGACACCUAAUCAAAAUGAACAAAUCCACAUUGUAACGCCUGAAACCCCUGUAAAAGACGUUAAUGGCAAACUUAAAGAUAUGCAAAUGACCGUUCGACUGCCAGUAGAUGAUGAAAUGGGUAGGAACUACGUAACAAAGGAUGUCGCAGAUUCCAUGAGGACGGUAUUAAGUCAUUAUCAAACGGAUGAGAAAAACUUUACAAUAAGACGUAUGAUCGAAAUAGCACGCCAAGUCAAGAUAACGUCGCUACUUGUUUCAGAAAUAGCUUCGGCUUUGGAGCGGUGGGGGAAUGCGCUUCUGAAUAUGGAAAAAGGAAUGGAUUCGCGUGAUUUAAGAAGCGUCACCAUAAAAUUUUAAUAUUUUUCAAUCAAACAAAAGAUUUAAUUAUAAUAACGAUACAAAUUUAAGUAUUCGAAUAUUUCUUCAUCAAUUGUAUAUCUUGUAUAACAAAUAAAAUAAUAAAGAGAAUGUUUUAAUGUUGAGUUCCACA